CCUUAUGCAAAAAAAAAUUGCCUCAUUCUUCAAAUCAAGUAAGAAAGGAGAUGAUUCAAAUGAUUAGAUCAAGGAACAACAAUUUAUCGAGGAAAACCUCAAGAAGGAGAAACUAAUGCCAGAACAAAAGCUGGGCGCCUCAAAAUCCAAAUCGCAUAAUAUGGAAAUCAAAGGGGCUGUUCUAUUCAUCGAUAUGGCUGAAUUAUACGAACAAGUAGAGUGUGCUUUCAAUAUUAAAGGUCGGAGAGAUUAAAGGGCAAAAUUCGAAGGAUGCCAUCAAAGAGUUAGUGGCUAAAUUGUUCAUCAGAAUCAUGAAAGAAAAUAGGGAAGAAUUUGUGCCAGCAUACUUGUUUAGCAUUUUGAAGUUGGGACCCGAUUAUGAAUCAUGGGAAUUGGGUAUUGGACAAGGAAUCAUCGUGAAAUCCAUCAGUGCUGUGUCUGGGAAGAGUGUAUAUAAAAUAUAACUAUGAAAAGGAAAAAUAAGUGAGAGAACUAAUGAACACAUUGGGAGAUUUGGGUUUGGCCAUUGAAAAAUCGAAAUCAACUCAAACAUCCUUGAAUAAAUUUUUUGUUUCUCAGACAGUCAAGGAGGAAGUUAAAUUAACAAUGAUUUAAGUAUUUAACACUCUCCAGCAAUUGUAAAAAUAAGAAGGCACAGGAAGUUCAUUGGAGAAGGAGAGAAUUCUGACCAAUCUCCUAAGAAUGGCCAAACCGAUUGAGGCCAAGUAUAUCGUAAGAUUCAUAGAGAAGAAUCUCAAGAUCGGAGCAGCUGAGAAGACAAUGCAAGCUGCUUUGGCUCGAGCAUUCUAAUUGUAUCAUAAGGGAAAUGUGGAGGGGGAUUAUGAAGGCAUAAUAAAUUAAGCAUUGUGUGAGUGUCCUAAUUACAAGAAGAUUAUCGACACUCUGUUCAGCAUUCAAAGUUUGAAGGAGGUCCCUGAAUUGUGUCACAUAAUUCCAGGAGUGCCUUGUAAACCAAUGUUGGCUAAACCAAUGAAAUCUAUUUAGAUGAUAUUUUAGAGAUUCGAAAAUAUGAAGUUUACAUGUGAAUAUAAAUACGAUGGACUAAGAGGGCAGAUUCACUUUGAAAAUGGGCAAGUGAGUAUCUUUUCCAGGAAUCUAGAAAACAUGACACAAACAUAUCCAGAUAUUGUCAACUAUGUUCACACUCAUUAUUAGCAUUUGGAUGGUUUCAUUAUCGAUUCUGAAAUUGUUGCCUAUGAUGUGGCAAAUAAUAGGAUCUUGCCAUUCCAAACACUCACGAGUAGAGCUAAGAAGAAUGUGGAUUAGAAUCAAAUUGAAAUUCAAGUUUGUCUAUACAUAUUUGAUUUGCUGUAUUUGAAUAAGCAAAGUUAUUUGAAAGAGACUUUGGAGAAGAGAAGAUAGACUUUGAGAGAGACAUUCAAAGAGGAGGAAGGGAAGUUGAAGUUUGCAACCUCAAGGGAUUCAGAAAAUUUUGAAGAAAUUGAAGAAUUUCUAUUGAAUUCAAUCAAAAUGGGAUGUGAAGGUUUGAUGAUCAAGACUUUGGAGAUCAAUUCGCAAUAUGAACCAGCUAAGAGAUCAUUUAAUUGGUUGAAAUUAAAAAAGGAUUAUUUGGAUAAUGGAUUGUCUGAUACAUUCGAUUUAGUACCUAUUGGUGCUUGUUAUGGAACAGGAAAAAGGAAGGGAUUUUAUGGAAGUUAUUUGUUGGCUUGUUACAAUGAAGAUAUGGAUUAAUAUGAAACUACUUGCAAGAUUGGUACUGGAUUCAGCGAUGAAAAUUUAGAGAAGUUCUUUUAAUUCUUUUAAGAAUACUUGAUUCCACACCCAUUAUAAGAAUACAAAUGUGAUGGAGUGAAUAUGGAUGUUUGGUUUAGUCCUGUGGUUGUGUGGGAGAUCAAGAGUGCUGACAUUCAGAUAUCACCUAUCUAUAGUGCUUGUUCUACCAUCUUAUAAUUGAACAACAAAGGAGUGGGAUUGAGAUUUCCUAGAUUGAUUAAAGUGAGAGAGGACAAGAAACCGAAUGAAGCCACUAGUUCGCAAUUUCUAUAUGAUGUAUAUAAAUAAUAGGCUGUUGUUGCCAGCAAUAAUACGUUUGAGUAGGAUGAUGAUUUUUAUUGAUUUUAAAGUGUUUGGUAUUCAAAUUAUUAAUUUAAUCAUAUUUGGGAUGAAAAUAUUUAACAAAGCUAUUUGCUUUACGUUUAGGUUGUGAGUAAUAGUUGGACAAUUUGAAUACUCCAAGAAACUAUAAUUGUGAUUGUCCCAUAGUAAGCAUUUAAUCGAUUUUAUAGUUACUNUGUGUGAGUGUCCUAAUUACAAGAAGAUUAUCGACACUCUGUUCAGCAUUCAAAGUUUGAAGGAGGUCCCUGAAUUGUGUCACAUAAUUCCAGGAGUGCCUUGUAAACCAAUGUUGGCUAAACCAAUGAAAUCUAUUUAGAUGAUAUUUUAGAGAUUCGAAAAUAUGAAGUUUACAUGUGAAUAUAAAUACGAUGGACUAAGAGGGCAGAUUCACUUUGAAAAUGGGCAAGUGAGUAUCUUUUCCAGGAAUCUAGAAAACAUGACACAAACAUAUCCAGAUAUUGUCAACUAUGUUCACACUCAUUAUUAGCAUUUGGAUGGUUUCAUUAUCGAUUCUGAAAUUGUUGCCUAUGAUGUGGCAAAUAAUAGGAUCUUGCCAUUCCAAACACUCACGAGUAGAGCUAAGAAGAAUGUGGAUUAGAAUCAAAUUGAAAUUCAAGUUUGUCUAUACAUAUUUGAUUUGCUGUAUUUGAAUAAGCAAAGUUAUUUGAAAGAGACUUUGGAGAAGAGAAGAUAGACUUUGAGAGAGACAUUCAAAGAGGAGGAAGGGAAGUUGAAGUUUGCAACCUCAAGGGAUUCAGAAAAUUUUGAAGAAAUUGAAGAAUUUCUAUUGAAUUCAAUCAAAAUGGGAUGUGAAGGUUUGAUGAUCAAGACUUUGGAGAUCAAUUCGCAAUAUGAACCAGCUAAGAGAUCAUUUAAUUGGUUGAAAUUAAAAAAGGAUUAUUUGGAUAAUGGAUUGUCUGAUACAUUCGAUUUAGUACCUAUUGGUGCUUGUUAUGGAACAGGAAAAAGGAAGGGAUUUUAUGGAAGUUAUUUGUUGGCUUGUUACAAUGAAGAUAUGGAUUAAUAUGAAACUACUUGCAAGAUUGGUACUGGAUUCAGCGAUGAAAAUUUAGAGAAGUUCUUUUAAUUCUUUUAAGAAUACUUGAUUCCACACCCAUUAUAAGAAUACAAAUGUGAUGGAGUGAAUAUGGAUGUUUGGUUUAGUCCUGUGGUUGUGUGGGAGAUCAAGAGUGCUGACAUUCAGAUAUCACCUAUCUAUAGUGCUUGUUCUACCAUCUUAUAAUUGAACAACAAAGGAGUGGGAUUGAGAUUUCCUAGAUUGAUUAAAGUGAGAGAGGACAAGAAACCGAAUGAAGCCACUAGUUCGCAAUUUCUAUAUGAUGUAUAUAAAUAAUAGGCUGUUGUUGCCAGCAAUAAUACGUUUGAGUAGGAUGAUGAUUUUUAUUGA